CUCGCGUCGCCUCACUACUCUCUCCAGCCCUCUCUGGCUGUGUAGCUGCCAGUAUGGUCGCACUGAAAGGGAUCCCCUCUGUUUUAUCACCUGAACUGCUGUAUGCCCUCGCUAAAAUGGGCCAUGGGGAUGAACUGGUUCUUGCUGAUGCAAAUUUUCCAGCGUCUUCCAUCUGUACUUGUGGUCCAACAGAGAUAAGAGCUGAUGGUUUGGGAAUCCCACAGCUUUUGGAGGCCGUUUUGAAGCUGUUGCCCCUGGAUACCUACGUCCCCAAUCCGGCUGCAGUGAUGGAUCUGGUAGACAGCGACAAACUGAGGUGUCUAGCCGUCCCUGUGUGGGACACUUACACACAGCUCCUGGGUCAGGCUGGGUCUCCGGCUCCUCUUCAGAAAGUGGAACGGUUUGCUUUCUAUGAACGAGCCAAGAAAGCGUACGCUGUUGUGGCAACAGGGGAAACAGCUCUGUAUGGUAACCUGAUACUGAAGAAGGGCGUCAUUCCUGCUGAGCUGCUGCAGUGACACACACAUACACACACACACACACACAUUUUGAAAGUAAUAAUAAUAAUAAUGCUAUAAUGUCACAACUGUAAUUAUUUCUAAAGAGAAUCAAGAAAUGUUAAAUACUUUGCAUGAAAUUAAUUUUCAGUUUUGUUCAUUUUCCACCAGAAGCUGUAAAUUCAAAACAUAAUUUAUUCUUGUUCAUGUGUGUAAUUAACUGUAAAUAUGAUCUGAUUUAAUCUCCAGUUUACAUGGAGCAGAAAUUAUUUUGUACUUCUGUGUUGUGCAUACAUUUCAAUAAAUAAAACAUGAAGUCGUUGAUAA